GCCGCGGGUACGGAGAUCAGGGUGCGAACCCGGCCUGCCCAGCCGCGUGACCGGAAGGGGCAGCUCGGAGGCCUUCUCCGACGGCCCUUUGGAGUGGGAAGGAGCGCCAGGUGCUGGCGGGGCGGUAAAGGUGGCUGUGGGUGACCGUGGACCGCCAGGGAGAACGGGGCGCCUUGAAGCCCGUGGGGAGCUCCCUGGGCUCCCCCAGCGCUGUGCAGAGUGGCCUGGCAAGUGCCUUGAGAACGGGAGCUGUGCCCGACUGAGCUCUGCUCCAGCCCCUGGUGUGCUGAGCUGGGCAGGCAUCUGCAUCUGUGACCGACCUCCUGGGCUGACUGAUCAAGAAGGAAGCAGCAGCAAUGUCUGCUGUGGGGGCUGCAGCUCCUUACCUGCAUCAUCCUGGUGAUAGUCACAGUGGCCGAGUGAGUUUCUUGGGGGCCCAGCUUCCUCCAGAGGUGACAGCCAUGACCCGGCUACUAGGGGACCUAGACAGGAGCACGUUCAGAAAGUUGCUGAAGCUUGUGGUCAGCAGCCUGCAGGGGGAGGACUGCCGAGAGGCUGUACAGCGUGUUGGGGUUAGCGCCGACCUGCCAGAGGAGCGGCUGGGUGUCCUGCUGGCAGGCAUGCACACGCUGCUCCAGCAAGCCCUCCGUCUGCCCACUACCAGCCUGAAGCCCGAUACCUUCAGGGACCAGCUCCAGGAGCUCUGCAUCCCCCAAGACCUGGUUGGGGACUUGGCCAGCGUGGUAUUUGGGAGCCAGCGGCCCCUCCUUGAUUCUGUGGCCCAACAGCAGGGGGCCUGGUUGCCCCAUGUUGCUGACUUUCGGUGGCGGGUGGAUGUGGCAAUCUCCACCAGUGCCCUGGCUCGCUCCCUGCAGCCGAGCGUCCUGAUGCAGCUGAAGCUGUCAGAUGGGUCAGCAUACCACUUCGAGGUCACCACAGCCAAGUUCCAGGAGCUGCGGUACAGCGUGGCCCUGGUCCUAAAGGAGAUGGCAGAUCUGGAGAAGAGGUGUGAGCGCAGACUGCAGGACUGAGCCCUCAUUUGACUGGUCCCAUUCAGGUCAGGCUUGGACAUGCACCUCAGAUGGUGCCCAAGUGCAGCUGACUCUUUCCAGGACAGCCCUGCCCUUCCCAUGAGGCAGGCUCUUCAGUGUCAGUUUAAAUGUGAUUAUGUAAUUUUCUGUUUAAAUGAAAAAGAGAGCUAUGCCUUUUUUUCUUUUUUGGAAGUAAAAUGGCUAUAAACAACAUGUUUCUCUAGGUGGGUGUUAAACCUCACACCCUCCUCUUCCCUGUAUAUUUGUUUUUGCUGCUGGGUGUGGCCAUGUGUGGCCAGGUUGAGGCCCUUCAUAGACACCAUACAAUUGCUCAGCCUGGCCCCAUGUAGCCGGGUACUUUAGGUUGGGCACUUUUAUUCUUCUGCCUUAAAUCCCUGACCUCACAGAGCUGACGUUCUAAUGGGGCUGAAGGGAGGGGAAACAUUAUAAAAUAAACAAUAAAAAUUAACUGUAACGGCU